GCGUGGGCUGCUUCGGCGUGGGCGAGGGCAAUGACCACUACUGGCUGCUGCACUCUCUGUGGCACGUCUUCAUCCAGCUGGCCACUUGCUGCAUCCUGCUGUCGCUGCUGGAGCACCCGCUUCUGCGGGAGCUGCGGAAGCAGCAGCAAAGCGAGCAGCAGCCCCCGCUGGGUGCUGAGUGCUGCACCCCCACGCGCUCGCUGAGCGAAGCCAUUGCUUCUGGGGAGGACCUGCAGGCCGCAGCGCAGGCCGAAGAGGCCCUGCCGAGGCCCCUGGCCACUGCCUUCUGGCGAGUGCUGCAGCAAAGCCAAAUGCGCCUCGUGACUCUCCAGUUCGAGGGGCAGGGCCCCUACUUGUCUCAGUCUCAAGAGGGGCCCCAAGGGGGGCCCCCCAGAGCCGACAGCCGCGCUGCGCUGUACGCAGGGGGCCUCCAGUCUUUGCUGGGGGUGAUGACUCCGGCGCACAACCUGGAGCAGCUGCUGCCGGUCUUCACGCGUUUGCUGCUGCUGCAGCACGGCGCGCACAAGCGGCACCGGCGGGCGGCGCAGCAGCAGCAGCAGCAGCAGCAGCAGUCGGAAGGCGCCAGGCCGCUGCCCUCGCCGGCCUUCGCAGAUGAAAGCCUCGUGCGACUGGGCACUGCCUCAGCAGUCACCGCAGAAACCCUCUCGCCGCAAACCACCGAGUCCACCAGCCCCACGAGCUCGGUGAGUUCUGCUGCCAGCGAGCUCAGCGAAGCUGGCUGCCUCUGGUGUGCAGCAAAAGCCACUCUCAGCGAUGAGACGCUGCUGCAGGUCCACAGCAAACGCAUGCGCUGGGCCUGCCGCCUACGCCUCAUGCCCAGCCUCAGCUGCUUCUUGCCACCUCGCUGGCUCUGGGACCCAGCGGACCCCCGCUCGGGCCCUACGCAGCAGGACCUCCCCAUUUCCCACUCGGGCCUUCUUUUGUGUUCUUAG